GGUUGGAGAGAGCUCAGAGGUACAGGACUGGAGCUGGGCCAGGGAGAGAGGAAGGACCUCCAUGACUAGACCUCCUCUGAGGGGCUCAGGCCAGGAAAUGAGUCAGGUUAGGAGGCAGAGACAGACGAGGAGCCGCAGGGGAAGGCUCAUCACUAGCGUGUUCUCUGCUUCCCCAGAUUUUGCCUCCUCAAGGUGAAUGCAGCUUCAAGGGGCCAUCUUUGUGCUCCUGCCCCACCUGGGGCCCAUCCUGGUCUGGCUGUUCACUCGUGAUCACAUGGCUGGUUGGUGUGAGGGCCCGAGGAUGCUGUCCUGGUGCCCACUCCACAAAGUCGUAUUGCUUGUACAGACAGCCAUCUACUCUGUCGUGGGCUAUGCCUCCUACCUGGUGUGGAAGGCCCUGGGAGGGGGCUUGGGGUGGCCCCUGGCCCUGCCUCUCGGCCUCUAUGCUGUUCAGCUCACCAUCAGCUGGGCUGUCCUGGUUCUCUUUUUCACGGUCCACAACCCUGGUCUGGCCCUGCUGCACCUGCUGCUGCUGUAUGGGCUGGUGGUGAGCACAGCACUGAUUUGGCAUCCGAUCAACAAACUGGCUGCCCUGCUACUGCUGCCCUACCUAGCCUGGCUCACCGUGACUUCAGCCCUCACCUACCACCUGUGGAGGGAUAGCCUUUGUCCAGUGCACCAGCCUCAACCCACGGAGAAGAGCGACUGAGGCCCUAGGGCACGGGAGAGGAGGGACGGCCAGGGUGGGGAGGAAGAGUCUGCAAGCAGGGCUAUGGAGCUAGGGUUCACCCCAAUGAGACCACGCUCCUGGGUUCCCUGGUGCCGUUUUUCCUUAGAAAUCAAAGAAAUGGGAAAGAGGGGGGAAAACGAUUUCACACUUAAAUAAUAAAAUCCUAUUAGUAACUCUGAA